CCCACGCUGUCUCGAAAAUAGCAUAGGAAUAGAUUCCCAUUCCGAACUGAUGAACCUUGCAAACCCCCAACAUCGAUGUGCCAUUCGAAGCACACGAACACCUGCUAGCCCACUGAGGCCGACAUGCUCACGGAAAAGGUUAAUGCUACAGCUCCAAAUACCACAGCUCCAAACCGAGCCGCCUCCGUCAUGCUCGGGGCGGCUGAGAAGCCGGAUGGUUUCGGUGAUAGGAUAGUGACGGAUAGUGACAAUAGCAAGCGGCAACAAGAAGCAGCUAUGGGAGGCGGUAAACACACGCAGCAACGACAAACAGCAACGGCAACAACACCUGGCGAAGGAUACUGCACUGUUAGUGUCAAGAAGAAGUUUGACGACGGUUGA